AUGCCCUCCUCUCAGUGGGUAAUUUGUUUAGCAUCCAUCCGGUUUGACAUCGACAUAGGCCCUGUCGUGGAUCACGUUGCUCCCCAUGACGUUUUAACUGAAGAGGGGAAGCGACUCCUCACGCAGGCCAGUUUUCCUGACUGCAAUCCGGAGUACGGACACGACCUUAUCUUCUAUUUUCAAAUGAAGGAGGACUCUCUUGGUGCAAGCAAUACACAUAGGAAGGACGCUGAAGGUUCGAGGAAUGGCGCCAACACAUCUGUGUCCACAACCGUAAAGGACCCUACCUUACGCACUCUAACCUCGGCGACAAAUAUUUAUGGAGCAACUUACUUCCGUCAAAAGAAUGAUGCGUCGGUGCCGCGUGGCUACGUCCAGCAGGCCUUCGUAUUGUUGUCUCGUUUGCCUUACUUAGUUGUGCAUGAGCUCAUUCUGCGCGUUGUAGCUCCUCGCCUCUGUCAGUGUUGUCCGUUCUCGCCUGACACGGAGGUGAAACCGGUGCUGAGUGCUCUGUCGGCCGUACCGUUCACGGCUUUUGAGCUGGACCCUCUCUUUAAUCCCACUCAGUGGUCGCAAGAGGGUGUGUUGGAGCGGGCCCUAGAGGAGAUUGGGGGCUGGCCGACGCCCCAUCCGCACGUUCAGUAUGACGUCACGCUCCUUGGUCAGUCUUUCUCAUUUAUAACGGUAACACGACGGCUGCAAGCACUGGGUGUGCAACGACCAGUAGGUCCACGCCGGCAUGUGAUGAAUUUAGAUGGGCGUGUUGUAUUUUUAGGAAAUAAGCACCAAUCAAUGUGCGAGUAUAGUAUGCUUCCGCUUUACACGCUUCUGAAUGAGCAUCUCAGCAAUCUAACUCGCAUAUGGGAGCUCAUACUUUCGCAUGAGCCUCUAUUUAUUUGGAGCAAUACACCUUCAAUGGCAUCUGGUGCUGCAAUAGCUGUUGUAUCUCUCAUUGAGCCGGUUGUAUAUAACGGCCUUUUACGUCCUUACUUGACGGUGCAAGAUGAGUCGUUUGCCUACCUGAGCCAGUUGGGAAAGGCAGAACCGUUCUCACGGAGCGAUAGUGUUGUUGUGGCGUCCACAAACCCGUUCUUUUUCCGCGCGUUUGAUGGCUGGCGGAACCGACUGACUGUGAUGGACAGACUGGCUCGUAGCAGUGGAAGUGCGAAGGUGGUGGGAGGGGAAACUGUUGGUAGCGGAAACGAUAGUGAUCCCGCAGUGCACGACGACAACACUGUCCCUGUUGUUUCUCGACAGAAUAGUGGGAGUGCGUGCCCCUCACCCAUACCGGAUGGCAACCCGAGCGGGUGCAUUCCUUCGCCCGUUUCACCGUUUGUCCUCACGUACGAAAGUUUUCACCCCACCCUGACCGCCGCCAAAAAAUCGGUGGCGCGUAGUGCAUCCCCCUCUCAACGUGCACACACAGCUCUCCCGAGCGCGCGGGGUGCAAGUUCUUUCACGUCACCGUUCUCGUUUUUAGUUGACCACCGUACGCAAACCGCCGUUCUGCUCAGGCGAUUGGAACAGGCGUCACAUUUGAAUGCAGAGGCUCAGCUGGCUAUGCUGAACAUGCACAAUCUGGAUGCUUGUGGUUGCUCAGACGACAAUGUAGCCGACGGCUCUGAGGGUGGUGUAGGGGCUGUUGGGAGCGGUGACCACGGAGGUGGAGCGAACAACUUGCGCCAGUUUUUCCAGCAUAAUAUUGCCGAUGAUAUAGUGAGAAAGUUCUUCGUGACGCUAACGCAGGAAUUUCUCAUGCCCGUGCGCGCCUGGUUCCAGGUGGCAACGAGCAAUUUCAACCUUUUUCAUCUGUGCGACCCUGCCAUCUAUGCGGCUCUCUCGUCCGAGUCGUUUUUGCAGUUCCUCAAGAACAGCAGAGAGGGCAUACCCUCCUUCCUUUCCCAUCACCCGUACAAAAAAUACAGCGGUAUGUACAAGCGCUUUGCUAGGGGUUGUUUGUUUCAGUCGUUCCUUUUAAAGUUAGUGGAUACAAAGAUACGACGUGAACUGGAAGAACUGCAGCUGGAUGUUUGGGCCGCUGAAUAUACGACGGAGAGGGAACGAGUGGAGAUGAUUGUUUCGCUCCUGAAGCUUGUGGAAAGGGAGGUGGCGCAUUCCCUGGAUCCUGAUGUUGUAUUUGUCACCUCAGCGGUGUCGUUGCUUGUGGGGAUGGCAACAUAUGUUAGCGAGUCGCUGCGAGAUGAGCUGAUGGCUGCGAUAAGUAGGUUGAAGCCCUGA